AUGACUGCUCAUCGUAUCGUCGUGCACUCGACGUCGCUCGACCUGCUUCGCGCGAUCGCCGCCGUCCCAGGCGCCGACGCGAGCAACACCAACCUCUUGCUCGGCUGCGUUGUGGACGACGCGCAGGACGAUUCGCGGUCAGCUCAUGCGGAGGAGGACGAGGGCGACGCGAACGAGAGACCGGACCAGCACACGAAGCUGCUUGUGUCGGUCUGGGAGGGAAACGAGUUGCGCCUCCUGUUCACCAAACUUGACUGGAGCAUCUGCAAGCUCGUCUCGCCCGUCCCGCCCUCACAAAUCCCGACUCUCGCCCUUCCUCUCGUCCCCCUCCUCGUCCAACACCUCCUCACUCUCGCGCCUUUCUCCACCAACCCUUCCCUGCUCCGAAGCAUCACCGGUCCGAUCGUCCUCAUCGACGAAUUCUUGUCCCGCUGGCCUCAUCCUGCGAAACCCGCGACGGCUCCUCCCUUGAUCCCUUGCUCGACUCGCUCCGCCCCUCCGCCCAUUUCCUUCCCUCCCUCACACACUUUCCAACGCGUAGACGUCCACUCCAUGCCUCAAGGCGACCUCGCCGCGCUCGCCAACCUCCUCAGCGAUUUCUACGGCAACCACCCCGACUCGCCUCGACUCGAGGAAGCAGCCGCCAUCUCACAUGUGAAGGCAAAGCAGCGCCACAAUACCUUCUGGCUCUACCGCGCUCCAUCAGUCGGUGCGGAUGACCUGGCAGCAGCGGUCGCGCCAGUCGCGUUUCUCGCGACGGGUCGAGCGACGCCUCGCACGGUCGCCAUUCGGAUGGUCUACGUUGCCCCCUCGCACCGCGGACAAUCAAUAGCCCAGCGUAUGGUCUCGCACGUUACGCGCUCUCACCUGCUCACCGCGGAUCCCCUCCCGCUCAACUUGGACAACCUCCCGCCGGUAGAAAUCGAGGAUGGGGAGACGCGCUGGGGGAGGAAGGUCGAGGUGUGUCUUUUUGCGGAGCCGGAGAAUGCGGCGGCGAGGAGGGCGUAUGGGAAGGUUGGCUUCAGGGAGGAGGAGGAGCGCUGGUGUACCAGGAAUCUCGAGGGCGUAGAGGCGGGGCAUUGGUAG